UCCUAAAGCCCAAGCGGAACGAUACCGACAUCAUAUGAAUCCAUUUCUAAGAGCAGGGACAUGUUUCUUCAGAUGAAGACCUGGCAGGCGACACACAGCUCCAGCUUCCGCGUCUGAUUCCAGGGAUGACAUCUGGCCAGUGAUGCAGUGAGGCUGAAUGCAUGCAGCAUCAUUUGUCCUAGAGACAGUGCUGAAAGGGACAGCUCGAGAUUUUGGGGCUCAAUAAAUCCGGCCUGUUAUUUGUAUUGAUUGACUGAUUUAUAUUUUACUGGGUCUAUGUCGUUGUUCGGUGUUCACACUCCUAACAAGAGAUACAUGAAAUCGUAUUGGAAUUAUAAAUAAGAGGAAACAGACGCAACACGUUGUUGGCUGGUCAUCAGGAGCUCAAGGUGUCGUUCAGUCUUCAUUCAUGGGAUGACGUCUCAGAGUGUGUCCUGUCACAUCGCCCCCUGCCCCAUCUCCUGUGUCCCUCUCAUCUGUCCAUCUGUGGGGUCCUGACGCCAGCAGGGGCUCAUGAGACGCUUUGUGUACUGUAAGGUGGUGCUGACCACCUCUCUGGUCUGGGUGCUAGUGGACGUCUUCCUGCUGCUGUACUUCAGUGAGUGCAACAAAUGUGACAACAAGAAGGACCACUCACUCCUGCCUGCGCUCAGAGCGGUGAUGUCCCGCACCCAUGUGGCACCGGGUGAAAUGGGGAAGGCUGUGGUCAUUCCCAAAGAUGAGCAGGAGAAGAUGAAAGAGCUCUUUAAAAUCAAUCAAUUCAACCUUAUGGCCAGUGACAUGAUCGCGCUCAACAGGAGUCUGCCAGAUGUUCGGCUGGACGGCUGUAAAACCAAGACGUACCCCGAUGAGCUUCCAAACACCAGCAUUGUGAUCGUGUUUCAUAAUGAAGCCUGGAGUACACUUUUGAGAACCAUACACAGCGCCAUAAACCGCUCGCCCAGACACCUGCUGCUCGAGAUACUGCUGGUGGAUGAUGCCAGUGAGAGAGAUUUUCUUAAGAAAAAAUUAGAGCACCAUGUUGCGACUCUGGAGGUUCCGGUGCGAAUUUUAAGGAUGGUGCAGCGAUCCGGUUUGAUUCGAGCACGACUAAGAGGGGCGGCUGCCACGCGAGGACAGGUCAUCACCUUCCUGGACGCCCACUGUGAGUGCACUGUAGGGUGGCUGGAGCCACUGCUGGCCCGGAUCAAAGAGGACAGGAGGGCUGUGGUCUGUCCAAUCAUUGAUGUCAUCAGUGAUGAGACAUUCGAGUACAUGGCCGGCUCAGAUAUGACCUAUGGGGGAUUCAACUGGAAGCUCAACUUCAGAUGGUAUCCAGUUCCUCAGAGAGAGAUGGACCGACGCAAGGGCGACAGAACCCUUCCUGUUAGAACUCCCACAAUGGCAGGAGGUCUGUUCUCUAUUGACAGAACUUAUUUUGAAGAGAUUGGCACCUAUGAUUCAGGCAUGGACAUAUGGGGAGGGGAAAACCUUGAGAUGUCUUUUAGGAUCUGGCAGUGUGGAGGAUCUCUGGAGAUAGUCACAUGUUCUCAUGUAGGCCAUGUGUUCAGGAAGGCCACGCCAUACAGCUUCCCUGGUGGAACUGGUCAGGUGAUCAACAAGAACAACAGACGAUUGGCUGAAGUCUGGAUGGAUGAGUUCAAAGAUUUCUUCUACAUCAUCUCACCAGGGGUGGUUCGAGUGGAUUAUGCUGAUGUUUCUUCGCGGAAGGCUUUGAGAGAAUCACUGAAGUGUAAACCCUUCUCAUGGUAUCUGGAAAACAUCUACCCCGACUCUCAGAUUCCACGCAGAUACUACUCACUUGGGGAGGUGUUCUCAUACACGGCUGACAAAGAGAUUCGAACCGAUGACCUGUGUCUGGAUGCAUCGCGGCUUAAUGGACCUGUUGUUAUGCUCAAGUGCCACCACAUGAAAGGAAACCAGAUGUUUGAGUACGAUGCAGAGCGGCUGACUCUGCUCCAUGUGAACAGUAACCAGUGUCUGGACAUGCCUUCUGAAGAGGAUAAGAUGGUUCCCACUCUCAGAGACUGCAGCGGCAGGCGAUCACAGCAGUGGAUCCUGAGGAACAUGACGCUGAGUGUCUGACAGAGCUGGCAACAACCAGUUCAGACCUGAAUCUCAGCAACACACACCACACACCAUGAGACCUGGAGUCAUGUUUAUGGCCUUCUUCACAGCUCUGUGAACUGUCAUUUUCUGGUUCAUGAUCAAGUCCAGCCAGGCUUUGAUCAGGAGAACCACACACAGCCCAUUUGCUGACCCAUUUGUAGCCAGGUUUGUGUCUCUGUUCGUGUCUGGACUGUUUCCUUUAGCUCUCAGAUUCAUUGGUCUGGGGUCAGAACACAGCCCUUGGCGAGGUUUAAACGCUUGCUGUCUCUGAUCUGAGCAUGUGUCACUGGCUAUCUAUGCUGCUCAUCCUGUGUGGGAGUUCUGGUGCCUCUUGAUAUCCUACACGUCAUAUCUUUGACAGUAGCCCUUAUGUUUCUGUGGAGAUGGAGUGAUUGUGUUAACUUCCACAGAAGUUUAACUCUGCUCCGCUUUCCUUACAGCACCUGAAGGGAUUGUGUGUUGGCCAGUGGAUUGUACGCCAACUGUAUUACUUGCUGCUGUUUCUCAAAACUAACUUGAUCUCUUUCAGUAAGGCAGCAAUAUGUACCUGACCUGCCUUAAAGGGGUCAUAGGAUGCUACAUGCACUUUUACAAGUUG